CUCCUCGCCACUUAAAAUGUCAAAAACCGUAACAAUACGGCGCCCAUCGCCCACAAAAACCUCAGAAGAGCCCGCUGCUCACCAGACUCCGAUUUUCACACAAACCGCCGCUGAAAUGCUCGGAAUUACCAGCUUGAACACAGAAGCCGCCGAAUUAUUGGAGUUUUUGUCCCGUGAAAAGCUGAAAGAAAUUGUUCGGCUCAGCGCAAAAUGGACGCAGAAAAGUGCUCGGCGCCGGAUGGCCGUGGCCGAUGUGGAACACGCGAUCCGAUCUACCCGACAGUGCGGAGGCCUCAAUAUUUCCAGCGUUGACACUCUGAAUCUCGGAAUUCAGCAACUUCAACCGAUUCAGGGGACCUCGACGGGGAUCUACUCGUUUUUGAAAUCGUCUGCCGACGUGGACGUUGAUAAGGAGGAUACGGAGACUUUUAUCAAGAUUCCCAGGGAUUUGAGAGUGAUUUCCUACCCACUUGUCAAUGAAGGACAGCCGGUUCAAUCCGAGUACACGGUCAAUGUAGACGAAGAUGACGGAAACUUUUUCGAGAAAAUUGUGCCCGAAGUGAUGACGAUGAUUCCUGAGAAAAACACACCGAGCUCCUCGACCACGUCGAGUCUUCAAAUGUUCCGUGACGCUGUAAAAACUGCAAAAAUCGACCAAAAAGUCGGCCUGAAGCCGUCGACGAUCGAAAUUUUGACCGUUGAGCAGCAGAUUUUCAUGAAGGAUAUUAUUACGGUGUGCAUGGGACAAGAUGACAAGAAACGCCACGAGGCACUGUAUACACUGGAGACUGACGCUGGAUUACAGGUCUUCCUACCGCACCUAACCGAACGAAUAUGCAAAUCAAUCUCGGCUAACAUCUCACAACGCUGUCUAUCACUUAUUAUCUAUGCCGGACGUGUUUUACGGUCCCUAAGCCACAAUAAGGCCUGUGACAUGACUGUUACGCUUCAUCACGUGCUCCCAGCCCUCCUAAGCUGCUGUGUCGGCCGGAAUAUGUGUCUGCGACCGGAAACCGACAAUCACUGGGCGCUAAGGGAUUUUUCGGCGAAAACGCUCGUCGGAUUGGUUCGAGACCAAGUGGACAAACACGACGCCGGCCGUACCGCCCGUCGCCUUUUCGAUUUUUCGCAUCGAAUUUUUCGCGACACGGGCUCCUCGUUCUCGAUGAUCUACGGAACCGUCCAUAUCCUUCAGGAAUUCGUGGCGGGACCCAAAAAAGCCGCUUGGCUGCUCACGGAGCUCGGCGAGACGAAUGCGCGGUGCAAAUCGCACAUCGAGUCGGGCUCACGGAUCGGAGCAUCGCAACUGUCGAUUCAGGAGGCUCAGAAGCUUAAUCAGCAGAUUUUGAAAUGUGAAAAUUCCAUCCGAAAUCGCUACAAUCUACAGCAACAGGCUCCCGGAGUACCCAUAAAUCGACGAUUUCAUUGAAAAUUAAAAUUUUAUCCAAUUUUAACAAUAAAUUCAACAAAAAAGUCUC